UGGGACCCUCCAUAUGCCGAGGGUGUGGCCCUAGAAAAGGCUAAAAAUAAAUAAAACAACUGGAGUACCCGUGGGCCACCCAGAUAGAUAGAUUCAAUGGAAAGCUCAAAACCCAAGUCUAGAUCUCAGGCGAGAGAGGCGGAGCCUGGGUGUAAAUCACCGCAGUGAUUGUUAGUGCACGAAUGCCCGAGGGUCCUGGGGGGCAGAGUCUCUCGGUCGGUUGUGUAGUUUCUCAAACCUCCAUCCCCUCCAGUGCCCAAGAUUCUGCCCUGGCUUCCCCCUCCACCUUGGUGACAUCCUUUCUGCCUUAUGAAUAGUUGUCUGAAUCGAGAGACUGUGUUGCUACACAUGUGCUGUGUGUGACCCGCAGGGAAGCAGGAAACCAAGCUGAGACACAUGGUUGUGAAGUGGGUGCAUGCCCGGGUGUGGAUAGAACCACCCAGGAAGGGGAAGAUGAGGAAGAGGUUGGGGUUAAACCUCAGAGAGACGGAGCCGUGAAGGGUGGGUGGAGAAAGAGCAGCCAGUGACAGGGAAGGAUCGUUGGGGAGGGAGGAGAGGCCGGAGGGCAGGGCCCCCGAGAGGCCCGGCAGUGCGGGGGUGGGCGGGGGUCUCAGCUGCAGACACAGGCUGAGGCCCCAGGAAGCUGUCGCUGUCCCACACAUGCAGUUGCAGCCAGGAAGCGGUGGCAGGGGUCCGGCGGCACCGAGUCCAGGAGUUUCUGGACUGAGUGGAUUCCUCCUUCCAGGCGGCUGGCAGGAAGCAUGCAGCGGAACAGAGAGUAGAUGCCUGGUAGACACCUUAGAACUUUAAAAACGGAAAAGACCUGCUUUGAGGGGACAGUGCUGAGGGACACUAUGAAAUCUUGGAGUGAUAGCCAGUCAGAUCUCUGUAGCAGUGACCAAGAGGAAGAAGACAUGAUUUUUGGUGAAAAUGAAGAGGAUUUGGAAGAGAUGAUGGAUUUAAGUGACCUGCCUACCUCCCUUUUUGCGUGCAGUGUCCAUGAAGCAGUGUUUGAGGUGCAGGAGCAGAAGGAGAGAUUCGAAGCACUUUUCACCAUCUAUGACGACCAAGUAACGUUUCAGUUGUUUAAAAGCUUUCGAAGAGUCAGAAUAAAUUUCAGCAAACCUGAAGCAGCAGCAAGGGCUCGAAUAGAGCUUCAUGAGACAGACUUCAACGGGAAGAAGCUGAAGCUGUAUUUCGCACAGGUGCAGGUGUCCAGUGAAACUCGGGACAGAUCGUACCUGCUGCCGCCCCAGCCUGUCAAGCAGUUCCUCAUCUCCCCGCCUGCGUCUCCUCCGGUGGGCUGGAAGCAGGGGGAGGACGCGAUGCCUGUUAUAAAUUAUGAUUUGCUCUGUGCUGUUUCCAAACUGGGACCAGGAGAGAAAUAUGAGCUUCACGCAGGAACAGAGUCAACACCGAGUGUGGUGGUUCAUGUCUGUGAAAGUGAGACUGAAGAGGAAGAAGAAACCAGAACCCCUAAACAGAAAAUCACCCAGACAAGGCGCCCCGAGCCUCCACCUGCAGCCCUGAGCGAGCCCCGGGCCUUCGAUUGUGCGCUGUGAGGCUUUGGUGGCUCGAGGCAGCGGCCCGCGUGGCUGGGCAGCGGGGGCCACACGCCGGAAAUGGGGACCGCCUGACACCUGCAUAACCUCGGCCAGGCCAGGACGGAGCCGAGCACCUGUGCCGUGGGCCGUGCGGUACAGAACCGUGGCCGGGUUUGCCUGUGCAAAACUUAAACGAUGUUCCAAACAGCACCUUAAAGUAAAGAAUAGCCCCCCAACCUGUGGCAACUCUUCACCCUUUUUAAACAGUAGCAAAUUAGGAAAAUGCCCCCCCUCUAGCAACAUUAAUUUCUCUGAUUCUAUAUAGCAUGGGGUACCCAGAAAACCAAAACUAGUCACCAGGUGCAGUACUACUUAAAAAUAGUCUUACUCAGGAGUUCCUGUCGUGGCUCAGUGGAAGCAAAUCUGACGAGUAUCCAUGAGGACGCAGGUUCGAUCCCUGGCCUCGCUCAGUGAGUUAAGGAUUUGGCGUGGCUGUGGCAUAGGCAAACAGCUACAGCUCUGAUUUGACCCCUAGCCUGGGAACCUCCGUAUGCCACAGGUGCAGCCCUAAAAAGACCAAAAAAAAAAAAAAAAAAAACCCAAAAUAGUCUUAAUCAUCUAAUGUGGGUAUUUUCGUAAUGUUGUAUUGGCUUCCAACUAAGCUACUGGUCAAAAGUUUAUCACUCUUCAAUAAACAUAGGAAUUUUUUUGCACACACAAAAGAAACCUGAAAUACAAGUGAUUCAUAGAAAAUCAUUAGUCUUAAGCUUUUUUUUUUUUUUUUUUUAUUUAGCUUUGGGGAAGAAAUGCCAAAUUUGCUCUGACUCUCAGAAUCAAGGGGCCCAAAUCUACAGGCACAUGUUCUUGUUCCUUUACUCACUCGAAGUCAGAGAAAAGGGACACCCAGACCCCAGUUCCAGUGCUGGCCCUCCCAAGACUGAGCUACUGCUUUGGAAGCGGAGGUAUCCCCUGUAAGCUGGAUAACUGUGACCUCAGGCAGCCACCGCGCUCUGCCGUUUGUGACCAGGUCCUGGCCUGUAGCCAGGACUGUCUUCAGGCACCAGUUGAGUUUGUUAUACAUAUUGGUGUCAUUGUCAUUCAUAGUCUUUAAAUUAGAAGUAGUAAGGAUAAGAUGUUCUGAAGGCCGUUUUUAAAUUGUCCAUCCAGACAUGUUCCAGUUUCCUUUGAAAGAAACGUCACAGACAUUCUUUUUGUAUGCAUUAGGGGAAGAUGGGGCCAGGUGGAAAUAUUUCAUGAGUCAGACUUCCUUUGGGGUGACAUUUUUUUGACCCUAAAACAGAACUGUUUCCUGCUUGUGUUUCAGAGUGUAUCGUUGAACCUGCUAAAGUAGCAGCAGACACCUUUUAACUCUUUGUGGUCUCUUCGGACUUUCAAGUCCCUUUCAUAGAAAAGUAUCACAACCAAGAAGGCCUUGUUUCCGGUGGGGUGGCUCUGCUGAUUCCCUACUCACGCUGUGGUUUUCUUUGUUUGGCAAGUGCUUCGUGUUCCCUGGUGUAUAUGUGUUCCCAUGUGAGUUUGGACUAAUAAACCCAUGUGGCUGCCACUACAAAGAAAGAAAAAUGCAGAAAUGCAGGCCGCGCUGUCUGUACAUUUUUGGUAACAUGUUUCUGUGGUUUAAUUGUUCUUACUGUGGUAGAAUUUAUUUCUGAGGACUUAAACUUUGUUGCAAAAAAAAAAAAAGUUUUCUAUAUUUUCCUUGCCCUCAAAUGCUGAGACGAUCACUUCCUCUCUUUGUACGUGUCCACCACUGCUAAGCCUCAGUGUGCAUUCGCUUGAAAUCUGUAAUUCCAUAAGUGAUUUUAUUAAAUUCAUUAUUUGGUAGUUUAACUGGAACCCAAUAAAUAAAUUUAUUUUGCAGUUCUAAAUUCA